GCCACCCGGCCAGAGGCUCGGGGAAGGCCACACGCAUCACGGCAGGCUGUGGAAAACUUCCUCUGUGUAGCAUAGUUUUCGUGGCACAUGCCACAGGCCAGAAAACAGGGUUGAAGAUGUGAGGCGUGAUUAGCCCAGCGUCCUUUAAAAGAAUGUUACGUCUAACAGCUUUGCGCUUCAGAGGUGGUUGCAUCUUGACUAACAGUCUCUGUGCUUCACUGCAGCUUGCUUUACAAAGUGAUCUCCUGAAAGCAGGUUAACGGGAUAAACCACGCCUGAUAAUUUUAUUACAAAAUAACUUUAUUUUAAUGUCUUAGUCAUACCUUAACAUACCACAGCAUACCGUGCCAUCAGAUAGAUCGCAGUUUUUAGUCUCGUAGCGUGACGUUGUCUCCUUUCUAGCACUUGUGGCUAUCAUCUCUUAGCUGAAGUGUCAGAACUGCUGCCCGUAUCUUAGAAGCUGAAAAUAAAAUACUGCCCACCAGAAAGGCAGCUCUUGUUGCAAAACACCCGCUUGUAGUUUUAGUUAACUGGGUAGAGCAAGUGCUGUUUGUGAAAAGAGUAAUAGAGUCCUUUUUACCCAUAGAUAGCCUCUGGGGAAAUCCCUUAGUCAUGAACUAGGUGAGUAGCAGAGUAUUUCAAAAACAGUGUGAGGUAUUUAGAAAUGGAGUAGAGGUAAUAAUGCCUUAAGUUAGAGAAAUGGAGAGCAUAAAAGGGUUCAGUCACUCUUUUGUUGGUUGCAGGGUAUUAAAUACACGUGUCCUCAGCUCUUGUCCAUCCAGACCCAUAAAUGGCAGGCACGUUUUAUAUUAGACCGUUAAUGCUACCACUUACUGGCUUUGCUUUUAAGUAUAGAGAGUUUUGCCUUCACAUAUAGGGUCCAUAACUGUAUUCUCAAGCAGGGUUAUUAGGGGUUAGCCUUUUCUAUUUAUACGCAGUCUUGUUUUACUUGGGAAUGGUAUAACUCUCUGCUCUAUUAAGCAUACGAAAACGCUAAUAUUUUUCAGAAUGUACGGCACGAGUUAAAGAUUUUGAAUGUGCACUUGUGUAAUGGACACAGCCUCUAGUUCUCUUUAUUGUCCCAAACAUUGUAUUUUAAUUUGAAACCUUCAUUGGUUGAAAGUUUGCCAAAUGUGUAAUUCACCACUGAUCUAACAGUAAGAGCAGGUCUAAACAUGCACAGUAAUACGAAGGUUGCCAGCCCUUUGCUUGUAUCUGUGGAUACCAAAAACAGCAGAACCAGUUCAGAAUACUAGAACAACAGAAUGCAGAACAAAAUCUUGUUGUGCAAGUUUUAAAACUUUUAUCUGUGUAACCUUUGUAAGGAUUGUAGUGGGGUUUUUGUGCUUUGUAGUUAAGUAACACAAGUCCUCAUGUUCCACUCUGUGUCUCCCCAUGUUUCCUUCUGCAGUAUAUACAGUAGCGAUGACGACGAAGAAGAUGUUGAGAUGUAUGAUCACGAUUAUGAUGGUCUGCUUCCUAAGACUGGAAAACGUCACUUGGGAAAAACCAGGUGGACCCGCGAAGAGGAUGAGAAACUGAAGAAGCUUGUGGAGCAGAAUGGCACAGAAGACUGGAAAGUCAUUGCCAAUUUCCUUCCUAAUCGGACAGAUGUUCAGUGCCAGCACCGAUGGCAGAAGGUACUAAACCCAGAACUUAUUAAAGGUCCGUGGACUAAAGAGGAGGAUCAAAGGGUAAUAGAACUCGUGCAGAAAUACGGUCCAAAGCGCUGGUCUGUCAUUGCUAAGCAUUUGAAGGGAAGGAUUGGAAAACAGUGCAGGGAGAGGUGGCACAACCAUUUGAAUCCAGAAGUGAAGAAAACCUCCUGGACAGAAGAGGAAGAUAGAAUUAUUUACCAGGCACACAAGAGACUGGGAAACAGAUGGGCAGAAAUUGCAAAGUUGCUGCCUGGACGAACUGAUAACGCUAUCAAGAACCACUGGAAUUCCACCAUGCGCCGAAAGGUUGAGCAGGAGGGCUACCUGCAGGAGUCCUCCAAAGCCUGUCACUCCUCAGCAGCCGCUGGCUUCCAGAAGAGCAACCAUCUGAUGGCCUUUGCCCACAACCCGCCUUCUUCUGCACAGCUGCCUGUAGCCGGCCAGCCCCCGCUGAGCAGUGACUACCCCUACUACCAUAUCUCUGAGCCACAAAAUGUCCCUGGUCAGAUCCCAUAUCCAGUAGCACUGCAUGUAAAUAUUGUCAAUGUUCCUCAGCCAGCUGCUGCAGCUAUUCAGAGACACUAUAAUGAUGAAGACCCUGAGAAAGAAAAACGAAUAAAGGAAUUAGAGUUGCUACUAAUGUCGACUGAGAAUGAACUGAAAGGGCAGCAGGCAUUACCAACACAGAACCACACAUCAAACUACCCCGGCUGGCACAGCACCACAAUUGCUGACAGUACCAGGACCAGUGGUGACAAUGCACCUGUUUCCUGUUUGGGGGAACAUCACCACUGUACUCCAUCUCCACCGGUGGAUCACGGUUGCUUACCUGAGGAAAGUGCAUCCCCUGCACGGUGCAUGAUUGUUCACCAGAGCAACAUCCUGGAUAAUGUUAAGAAUCUCUUAGAAUUUGCAGAAACACUCCAGUUAAUAGACUCCGAUCCUUCAUCAUGGGGUGAUCUCAGCAGUUUUGAAUUCUUUGAAGACACAGACACUUCGGCUAGCAAAGCUCCCUCAGGCAAAGUCGUGCAGCUUCAGCAAAGCGGGGCCAGUGCUUGUAGACCUCAAGGACACCCCAUCACAAACUUGAGCAAAAUCAUGUUGAACCAGGGCUCUCCUGGCUCACCAAAGUCCUUAUCUGCCUCACAGGGCAGCAUGGCUCCGUGGGUCCUUCUUCGCAAAAGGAGAGGGCACUCCAGCCCCUUAGCCAGUGGCCACGGUAGCACCUUGGUCCUAGCUGACGUCAGCAGCUCAACUCCUCCUAAGCGCUCCCCUGUCAAAAGCCUGCCCUUCUCUCCCUCGCAGUUCUUAAACACCUCAUCCAAUCACGAAAACCUGAACCUGGACAACCCUGCGCUAACUUCCACGCCGGUGUGUGGCCAUAAGAUGGCUGUUACCACGCCCUUCCACAGGGACCAGACUUUCAAAGCUCAGAAGGAAAAUCAUGUUUUCAGAACUCCAGCAAUCAAGAGGUCGAUUUUAGAGAGCUCUCCAAGAACACCCACUCCAUUCAAAAACGCACUUGCAGCUCAGGAAAUCAAAUAUGGUCCUUUGAAGAUGCUGCCUCAAACUCCGACUCAUCUUGUAGAAGAUCUGCAGGACGUUAUCAAGCAGGAGUCGGAGGAAUCUGCAAUAGUGGCUGGGCUACAUGAAAGUGGACCCCCUUUGCUGAAGAAAAUCAAACAAGAGGUGGAGUCUCCCACAGAUAAAGCUGGAAAUUUUUUUUGCUUGAAUCACUGGGAAGGAGAAAACCUGAACACUCAGCUCUUUACACAUGCGUCUACUAUGGAAGAUGUGCCAAAUCUUCUUACCAGCUCCAUUUUAAAGAUGCCUGUAUCUGAAGAGGACAGUAGUUUUCACAAAACAUUUGCAGUACCUAGGAACAGGCCACUAGCUAGUCCUCUGCAGCAUCUGAACAACGCCUGGGAGUCAGCGUCCUGCGGGAAGAUCGAGGAUCAGAUGGCCCUGACGGAUCAGGCGCGCAAGUACAUGGCCGCCUUCCCCACCCGGACUCUGGUGAUGUGAAAGGGUCGACGGACAGAGAAGCAUUAUGGUUUUGAGAACACUUCACCUCCGCUGGGAAAUUCCUGUUUCUCUGCAUGAAAACUUUUCAUGAAUGGGAGAAGAGCCUAUCUUUGUUGUGGUACAACAGUUGGGAGCAGCACAAAGUGCAUUUAGUCACUCAGCAUAUAUAUUCUUGUUGGAUUUCACCCAACUUAAGAGGAUUUUUUUUUUUUUUGAAUAAAUGAUACUUGCCUAAAUUAUUAGGUAUUAAGUUUGAAUCAGUAAUUAAUGAUCUUCAGUGCAGACUUACGAUAAAGGUAAUUUUUUGUCCUUUUUGAGAUCAAGCAGACCUAAUACACCAGUAUUGUUAUUUCAGUGAUGUGCUAGCCAGGGGUGGGGUUUUGUUUGUUUCUUUUUUUACUUUUUUUUUUUUUUUUAAUAAUAAAAGAGCAGGUACUCAAACAUAUAUUUUAAAUCACUGAACAAAAUGCAUUGGUGUAAAAUACUGAAGUGAAAAGCAUUACUACAAACGCUAGUCUGUGCAAAAGGGGGAAAACUGAUCAAGAUCGUGAAUGCUCAAACAUCCAUGCCUCUUGAAAUACUCUUUCAUUCUGUUAUGGGUUCUAGACCAUUAUACGUUGUGUGUUUCUGUUUGGGGGGGGAAUUAGCUUGCUUUAAAAAAUAUUACUGUAUGAAACAUAGAUUUAUGAGAAAAAUUAUAUUUUUAUUCAGUAAUUUAAUUUUGUAAAUGCCAAAUGAAUACUGUGUUUUGCUGCUACAGACCUUAGCGUGUAGACAUGCUGCUAGUGUAAGAGGAGCAGUAGAGCUUUAUAUGGAAAGGAAACAAAUGUUGAUGUUAGCUAAUUGACUAUGCACUAGCAUUUCAGACUUUUUUAUUUUAAUUUUUUUUACAUCAUUUAUAUUUUUCCCCCUUUUUUUUUAUAAGCAAUAUUUUUGAACACUGUUCCUGGGAGAUUUUUUUUUUUUGUCUGGAUGUGUUGUUUUGUUUCUCAUUGGUUUGUAACAGCAUGCAUUGCACCUUCAUAUGUUUGGGAGAACACUGUCUUGUUCAUGUUGUCUGUUUUGUUCCAUGUCUAGCUAAUUGUUCCCUGACUUGGGUCUUGUGUACUGAAUCAGGUUCUUAGGAAUAUAUGGUUCUUUGUACUGCCAUACCAAAUCUUUAUCGAUAUGGCAAAACACUGAUUUUAUUUUAUUUUUUUAU